AGAAUGUAAGUUGCACAAAUAUUUUUAACUAAUAAUAUGCCAGCAGGUUUACUUGCAUUUCUUCAUGUAUUUUCUUCACGAAAGUUGUUGCAGCCACAUGUUAUCAAAUCUGUUGGUGUUCACAUAUACGAAGAUAAAAAAAAUACAAGUAAUGAUCUAUACAUCGACUUAAAGAGAAAGUAUAUUGAAGCUAGAGGAUUGUCUUGGUAUUCAAGUAAAAGAAAAUCUGAUCGUUUUAAAGAAACAUUAAAUGAGUUUGAGGCACUUUUACUUGUUCAACAUGUUGUUUCAAUAUCUUGGAAAACCAUUAAAACAUGCCAGGUUGUUUUAUCAAAUGGAAUUAUUAUACAUCUAACUGUUUCAGAAGAAGUGCUUGACCUUGAGAGAAUUGAAAUUGAUAAAUUUUUUUCCACAAAAAUUAACAGUUAUGUAUGCAAUGUUAUUUACCACCAUAGUUUUAUGGUAUUUGCAUUGCUGGAUAAGCCAGAGCUUUGGCUUAUAAACCUUAGCAAAAAGACAACAGAGAAAUUUGAUGAAGUUUCUUUUGCAAGUGAGGUUUCCACUUUAAGUUUACCGUUUAGUUCAUCAGGAAUGCGCUUGAAGCGUAACAUGGCUGUGAAUACCAACUAUGAUAAGCUGUGUGUUUGGUGGACUUACUCAAAAGAAGGAGUGUCUUUACUUCAAAGUCCAAACAUUGUUGUUUUAUCAUUAACCAGGAUAUCAAAUGUUUACUCAAUGGAAAUUUCAAGUUGCUUUCAAUCAUCCAAUGAUCUUGUUGAUUUACAAUUCAGCUGUAAAUUGAAGAAUCAGAUUCUAACAGUAGAACAGAGCCAAUCAACAACAUUUAAAUAUAACGUAUAUUUAAAUGUGUAUGAUGUAACAAGUGGAAGAGUGGUAAAAGCUGUGUCUUUUUCUUUAAAAGGUCACAUUUGUUGCGUUUCUCGAAAUUCUUCUCAAUCUAAAGUUGUCAUUAUGUCUUCAUGUGGGAGGUUGGUUCUUUGGGAUGAGGAUAAAAGACAGAAAAAAACAGUCAAGCCUUCGUUUGUAUGCACAAUUAUUAAAUGGCAUCCUAGUGACUGCUUAUUGGUAAUUGCUAAUUCAAAAGGAGAUUUUCAGAUAUUUGAUCAGGCAUUAAACAGACUUUCAUUGCAGUUGGUUGGCGAAGAAAUCUGUGAAGAUAUUUUGAUGCUUUCAAAGUUUUUUUUUACUGCACCUAAACUUUUAUAUCUUUCUUGGGCUAAUGAUUAUAAUUUAAAUGCGAUUGACUCACUUUCUUGCUACAAUGAUAUGUUACUUCUUUUUGAAAGUGGUCCUUUAUGUAUUCUUCGGUUCGAACAUGGUGUUUGUGCAUCAGGAAUGUUAACAUCAAUUGAAUUAACUUGUGAGUAUAUAAAGCAUCAACAAUUCUCAGAGGCUGUAAAUUUGUUAUCUUCUAUGAAUUGGGAUGUCUCUGGUGAGGAAUGCUUUCAGUGUUUAUGUUUGAUAGCUGAACAUUCUUUUACAGAUACAUUUAAAGAGUGGGUUAGAGGGGGAGAAGGUGUUAUUGAAGACGCACUUGGAAGUUUUUAUGCACCAAAACAACCCCUAAAUGCUAAAACAAUAAUCAAAUUCAAAGAUGAUGUCAACCGAAUCGCUAGAAAAUUUUUUAACAUUUUGCUUAGAUUUAAACGUUAUGAAAAAGCUUUUUUAUUAGCAGUUGAUAUUGGCUCAAAAGAUUUGUUUAUGGACAUUCAUUACUGCGCUUUGGAUGAAGGAAAGAUUGAUUUGGCAAAUGCUUCUAAAAAUCGAGCCUUUCUUAUACAUAAUCAAAAGGAUAAUCAUGGUCUUACAAUAGCCAGCAAUUUGAUGCCUUAUGAAAUAAAUGAAAAUGAUGAUGAAUUAACAAGAAAACUGGAAGCUGUAUAUAUUACUCCUGCUUUUUCUAAGUAUCCUCGAAGAGUUUCAGUGCCACAAAAUGAGAAUGAUAGUGAAAGAAAAUUUUAUUGUUUUAAAAAGCUAAGCACAUCUAGUACCUCUUCGAGCACUUCUUCUGGUAUUAACAGUGAGAAAUAUUUCAGAUCUGAAAAUUCACAAAUAAAAGUAUAGCAACAUUAAUAUGUGGUUAUAUCGUAAUUCUUUAUCUCGAAUUGUGCAACAGAUUUCGAAGAAUAUCAUUUUUAAUAGGUUAAAUAAACAAUUUGCAACAAACUCAAUUUUGUUAUGCAAAAAAACUGAAAUUCAAGAUGCAUCAAAAUAUCUCACUUCAAUACUCUCUGAGUAUAAAACAGGAUGUUUUUUUGCUGGCAUAAGUCAAUACUGUGAAGAGGAAGAUCAUGAUAAUGUUGUAAUGCUGCAUUUUUCCUCAGAUAUUUUUAUUAAUCCAGAGGUUACUAUGAGUAAGCCUAAUUCAUUAUUGAAUUGUUUGAUGUUAUAUAAUGAUGUUGAUGCUUUUAUGAAAAAUAUGAAGAUUUUAUCAACGUUGCCAGUUUAUGUUGGAGAAGUUGAUGCAAUUGAACAGUCUCAAUGGAGUUUUGGAUUCACACUUUUUCCUUUUAGCAUUUUUUCUAACAAUAUGUUUUGUUGUCUUUUGCAUGAAAGUGGACUUGUUGUAAAUGUUGAUGGUAAAAGUUGCAAAUAUGACAUUGAAGACAUUGAUUAUAUUGGUUUACAUGUAUCCAAAUCACCCUUCAAUCGUAGGGAAAUUUUUGUUGCUUUGAAAAAUGA